CGCCACCGCCGGCCCGACCGGACUGCACCACGCGAGGCGCGAGAUAGGGGGGUACGGGCGCGACCAUCCGCUCUGCGGCGGCGGCGACCAAGCGCUGCCUCAGUCUGCGGCGGGCAGCGGAGGAGUCGCGUCGUGCCUGAGAGCGCGGCUGUGCUCCUGGGCCCCGCGCGGUCCGCCCCCGCGGCUCUGGCCAGAGUGUCCCUAGGAUCCCUGCCCCAAGCCGCAGCCAUGAACUACCUGCGGCGCCGCCUGUCAGACAGCAACUUUAUGGCCAAUCUGCCGAAUGGGUACAUGACAGACCUGCAGCGCCCGCAGCCGCCCCCGCCGCCGCCCGCUGGCCCCAGUCCCGGAGCCACGCCUGGUCCUGUGACCGGCACUGCCGAGAGGUCCUCUGCGACUGCCCCCGUGGCCUCUCCAGCUGCCCCUAGCCCCGGGUCCUCAGGGGGCGGUGGCUUCUUCUCGUCGCUGUCCAACGCGGUCAAGCAGACGACGGCGGCCGCGGCCGCCACCUUCAGCGAGCAGGUGGGCGGCGGCUCUGGGGGCGCAGGCCGCGGGGGCGCCGCCGCCAGGGUGCUGCUGGUCAUCGACGAACCGCACACCGACUGGGCAAAAUACUUCAAAGGGAAAAAGAUCCAUGGAGAAAUUGACAUUAAAGUAGAACAAGCUGAAUUCUCUGAUCUCAACCUCGUGGCUCACGCCAAUGGUGGCUUCUCUGUGGACAUGGAAGUUCUUCGGAAUGGGGUGAAGGUCGUGCGGUCUCUGAAGCCAGACUUCGUGCUGAUCCGCCAGCACGCCUUCAGCAUGGCGCGCAAUGGAGACUACCGCAGUUUGGUCAUCGGGCUGCAAUAUGCUGGAAUCCCCAGUGUUAACUCCUUACAUUCUGUCUACAACUUCUGUGACAAGCCCUGGGUGUUUGCCCAGAUGGUUCGACUGCACAAGAAGCUGGGGACAGAGGAAUUCCCUCUAAUCGAUCAGACCUUCUACCCCAAUCACAAAGAAAUGCUCAGCAGCACAACGUACCCUGUGGUUGUGAAGAUGGGGCACGCACACUCUGGGAUGGGCAAGGUCAAAGUGGACAACCAGCAUGACUUCCAGGACAUUGCAAGUGUUGUGGCACUGACCAAGACCUAUGCCACUGCCGAGCCCUUCAUUGAUGCCAAAUAUGAUGUACGUGUCCAGAAGAUUGGGCAGAACUACAAGGCCUACAUGAGGACGUCAGUGUCAGGGAACUGGAAGACCAAUACUGGCUCUGCGAUGCUUGAGCAGAUCGCCAUGUCUGACAGGUACAAGCUGUGGGUGGAUACGUGCUCGGAGAUUUUUGGGGGACUGGAUAUCUGUGCAGUGGAAGCACUACAUGGCAAGGAUGGAAGGGAUCACAUUAUUGAGGUGGUGGGCUCCUCUAUGCCACUCAUCGGUGACCACCAGGACGAAGACAAGCAGCUCAUCGUAGAGCUUGUGGUCAACAAGAUGGCUCAGGCCCUGCCCCGGCAGCGACAGCGGGAUGCCUCCCCUGGCAGGGGCUCCCACAGCCAGACUCCGUCCCCAGGGGCCCUGCCCUUGGGCCGCCAGACCUCCCAGCAGCCCUCUGGGCCCCCGGCUCAGCAACGACCCCCUCCACAGGGCGGCCCUCCACAGCCGGGCCCAGGCCCCCAGCGCCAGGGACCCCCAUUGCAGCAGCGUCCGCCCCCGCAGGGCCAGCAGCACCUUUCAGGCCUUGGGCCCCCAGCUGGCAGCCCCCUGCCCCAGCGCCUACCAAGUCCCACAUCAACGCCCCAGCAGCCAGUGUCCCAGGCCCAAGGUCAAAGCCGCCAAUCCCGGCCGGUGGCAGGAGGCCCCGGGGCGCCUCCAGCAGCCCGCCCACCCGCCUCUGUGUCUCCCCAGCGCCAGGCGGGCCCCCCACAGGCUACCCGCCAGACAUCUGUCUCUGGUCCAGCUCUGCCAAAGGCCUCUGGGGCCCAACCGGGUGGGCAGCAGCGCCAGGGCCCGCCCCAGAAACCCCCUGGCCCCACUGGCCCCACACGCCAGGCCAGCCAGGGGGGUCCCAUGCCCCGCACUGGGCCACCCACCACGCAGCAGCCUCGGCCCAGCGGCCCGGGCCCUGCCGGACGUCCUGCCAAGCCACAGCUGGCCCAGAAACCCAGCCAGGACGUGCUGCCACCCGCCACCGCUGCUGCCGGGGGACCCCCGCAUCCCCAGCUCAACAAAUCCCAGUCUCUGACCAAUGCCUUCAACCUUCCAGAGCCAGCCCCGCCCAGGCCCAGCCUUAGCCAGGACGAGGUGAAAGCUGAGACCAUCCGCAGCCUGAGGAAGUCUUUCGCCAGCCUCUUCUCCGACUGACACCCCACCCUGAGAACCCCCAAAUCCCUGGGCAACCCCUCUCUGGGCCCUGAAUCCACUUCUCACUUUUGGAAUCUCCAGAUCCCUUGAGAACCCCUCUACUGGUUCUCUAAGAUCCCACUUCUCAUUCCUCAAGAGCCCCAAGUCCCUUGAGAAACCUCACUCCUGGUCCUAAAUCCAAUUCUCACAUUUGGAAUGCUCAAGUCCUUUUAGAACCCCACUCCUGGUCACCUCGAGAUCUACUUCUCAGUUUUAGAACCUCUAAAUUCCUGGAGACCUCUGCUCCUGGUCCCCUCAGAGGGUGCUUUCCUUCCUGGAAGUGCCCAAAUACCAGGCAACCCAUUUGUGGCCCCUAAUACCACUGAAUCCCCUCCUGGAACCCUGAAGUUCCUGGAAAAUCCUGUUGCUGAAUCUCUCCAGCACACCUUGGUCUCCACGAAAAUUUUCCAAAUCCUCAAGAAAUUCCUACCUUUGAGCCCCUUCACAGGGAUCUCCCACUCUCUGGAGAUCCACAACUCAAAUGCCACCCACCACCGCAAGGAUUUCCCUUCACCCACUCCUCUCAAGCCUAUUCAAUACUUGGGAGCUCUUCCCACUUCCAGGACCCCUUGGUUUCCCCAGGGACCCCCUCGCCAGUUUCCUGCCUCUGACAGCUGUCUUUAAAUAUGCAAACUCCAAACAUCCUCCCAGAAUCCUUUGCACAUGGAAGGCCAGUGGUCUCCCACUUCCCACCUUUUGCUGUGAUGUCUGUGUCUGUGACUGACGUGGCCUCCUCUUGUGCCGUGCUUGGCAUAUGUGGUCCUCGUUCAUCGUGCCGCCUGUGGUGAUGCGUGCAGUGACGCUGUUUGUGUGGUCCACACCUCCCCCUGACCUCCACUCCUUGCCUGGAUUCACCCCUACCCCUCAGCGGCUCUGAACCCCAAGAGAAGAGUCGGGAAACAAAAUAAACAAGCAAAGGCCCAGCA